CUUAAAUUAAGUUAAAUGUUAGAUGUGUAAAACCUACUUCAAAAGUACUUGUAUGGCUCUGAGAUUCCCCUUGAAUACCAUGUUAAGAAGAAUUCCACAUUAAACAUUACUUUUCCUUAAAAAAAGUAAUAAUGGAUCAUGAAAUUGAUAAUUUGGAAAUAGAAAAUUUGCCAUGGUACCACCCAACAUUAAGUCGCCACACAGCAGAAAGCAUGCUGAUCCAGAAUGGUAUGGAUGGAACUUACCUUCUGCGUCCAAGCUCCAAAGGAACCGGAGAGUAUGCCUUGUCUGUGAAGUGUGAACAGACAGUCAAACAUUUCAAUAUAGUCUGGACUGGAAUGGAGAUUAGAUUUGGCCAGUGUACUUUUAAUUCAGCUGCUGACUUUGUCGAGCAUUUCAAGAACAAACCGCUUCUGUGUGGAGAAUCAGGGCAGGUUGUUCUACUGAAGAUCCCCUACCCCAGAGAUAUUAGUGAACCGGACAUGUACGAGUCUGUUACGUUACACGCAGAAUUCAGCACAGCAGAUGAUUCUCAGGUCAUCAACGCUGAUUUUUCUGUCAAUUCUAAAGAAGGAUUUCUCACGAAAUUAGGCAGACAUUUUAAAACCUGGCGCACCCGGUGGUUCGUGCUACAGCGCAAUGAGCUGAAGUAUUACAAGCAAAAGUUCAGCAAGACUCCGAUCCGUGUUUUAGACUUGAAAGAUUGCAGGGAGUGCUGUAGAGACACAACCCAGAAGGAUAAAAGUUGUGUGUUCAGGCUUGAUAUGGGCAACAGAGUCUUCCUGCUGUACUCAGUAUCUGAGCAUGACAUGGACGACUGGAUAAAAAGAAUCAACUGGAGACUGCGAGCCAACAGGACUAGAGGUAGUAUUAAUUCUGGCAACUCCGCACACUCUUGAAGUCAUGUUAACUUUUCUAUUUUAUGAGAGGUAUUAUGUGUCUUAUACAAGGUGUAAUAUUUCAGCACAUUAUUAGUCUCUACUUAUUUUGUAAUAAAUAGGUUUGAAUAUAUCUAGUUUAAUGUAAUGUUAUGCUGUUAUAUUCUAUUGAUUUAUGGCUAUUAUAAAAGCUUAGAGUUUUCUUAUUGCGUUAAUAGAUGGCAAGACAGUACUUUAAAAAUGUUUACAAACUUAGUCACAACCUCAUAAAAUGUUAGUACUAAAUAGUUGCUUAACCCGGCAUUGUGGUGUCUCCACGGCUUGACUCUCUCGCUCUCUCUCUCUCUCUCUCCUCUCUCUGUGUCUUUAUUGCUACACCCCUGCUUCUGUAAAGCUUCUUGGGUUAAUAGUUGAGGCAUAAUAAGCUAUACUGUAUCCUGGCACUAAUCUACACUCAGAGAGAGAAAAAACAUAAGUUUAAACAGCAGCAUUACAGUAAACUCCUCACACAAAUGAUAAGCUUGUCAUUC